AUGGAAAAGUCUCGUUCUGGCAAGAUUGAGGAGAUGGAAGGCGAUCUAUUCGACGCUCCAGAUGGGGCAGCCUUGAUCCAUGCCUGUAACUGCCAAGGGUGUUGGAGUGCCGGUAUUGCCAGGGCUUUUAGAACAAAGGCAAGUGAGUGGUUGAAAUACCCUGCUGCAUAUGCCAUCUACAAGGCACACUGUGAAAAGCUGAUGAAAUCAUCCAAAUCCAGCACCGUUCCUAGCACCAGUAGUGGUGUCUCUGGUGGCAGUAAUCAGUCGACUGGGAAUCCGCUAUCCCCGGAGGGAACUGCGCUCAUCAUCCCACCCCAGGAAAGAGACUACAGGGCAAGCAGUAGCACCAAGAAGCACUGGAUCAUUUGCCUCUUCACUUCACGCAACUUCGGAAGGAAGGCCAGCCCCCCUGAUGUCAUCCUCGCGAAUACCGAGCUUGCUGUGGCGGAUAUGAAGCGGCAGCUUGAGGAGCUUUGGCUUGAUGAGUCGGUGAUACUGCCGGUUAGUGGGCUUUGGUCAUGUCGGUUCAAUUCCGGGCUCUUCAGGGUUGAUUGGGGUCUGUCACGGAAGGUGUUGGAGAAUGCGGGGCUGGAUGUUGUGGUGGUUCGUCCUGAAGGCGAAGAGUGA